UACAGAUCAGGACCAGGGACAGCGGCAGAGCGCAGAGCUGAAAUGGCCAACACAGGGUACAUCAGUCUUCUCGUGGUUGUCCUGGCAACAGGCUGCCUAUCCAAGCCACUCUCCGGCCCCCACAACAGCGGAGGGGCAGUUCUGGAGCGCAGCGGCAAGUACCCCUCGGCCAUCGGAGCCGGCUCCCUGGGCCGCCGGGCCGCGUCCCUCAGAGUGGAGGAGCUGAUAUCGAGACUGAUGCCCCAGAUUCAGGAAGCGGGGCUGUUGGACCAAGCUGACCGCUAUCAACUGCGAGAUGUUCUGCACCAAAUGAAUGACAGAGAUUACACAGGUUGGAUGGACUUCGGCCGGCGCAGCGUCGAGGACUAUGAACUGGACUCCUAAACUUCUAAAA